AUGAUACCUCGUAAUGCUACAAUAAAGGAUUUGAUACGCAUAAUUUGGGAUGAAAUAUCAUUUGAGGAGGAAGGCUAUAUAAUGGACUGUAACAAUAUACUUCUUCUUUUUAAUUGUCGACUUCACAUAUUUCUUGAAGGUAAUCCAAAUGAAUUGGUCAAAGAUUUUCUUCAGCUUUUACCGGAGAAUACUGCAACAGAUUUUUAUGUUUAUGCACUACCCAUAGAACAUCGUGAUUUCAUGUACAAUUUCGACAAUGGUCAUAUUCCUGUUUUCAAAGCUUCGGACUCAUGGAAUCCGGUAUAUUUUACCGAUUAUAAACAAGUAGAACGAUCCCAGACUACUCUUUUGAGUAGCCUUUAUGCACUUGCAUUGUAUUUCAAAUGCAAUAACCCGAAAUUAGCUGGUAUUCGACGCGCGAUGGAGGCCCAAUUUUUUCUUCAGCUCAGAAAAUAUAUCUUUCCACCUGCGGUUCUUGCGUUUAAACAUGCACUUGAAGGUUCUAUGUUUUGGUUUGAAAAGGCCUUAUUAAUGGAUGCACUAAUACAAUUAUCGAUCCGUUUAUGUCCACAAACAGUGCACAACGUCCCAAUUAAUUCAAGCGAAUGCUUCGAUUUUAUUCCUUUACUGUUCUGUUGGCUUCUUGAAAAAUGUGAUCCAAAUGAGACCGAAGAAGACUUUUUUUCAGUGGUAAAAUUAGUUGAUACUCGUCGAAAUGAAAAUCCUUAUUUUCAAGAUCCGAUCACUACAUCAGAUAUGAGUCGUCAAAAGCUUAUUUUAGAAGAGUUCAAUGAGACACAGAGUUACAAUAACGUGACAAGGCAUGUUGAUCUCCGAUCGUUAAAUCGAUAUUUGACAAAAACGACUGGUCAUUCACCUGGUCUUGCUUGCACAUCUACGGAGUACGAAAUCUAUGAUCCAAUUACUGACGUCUCAUCCGAGUUGAAAGAAUUGGUGCGCUGGAGUGAAGAUGAAAUAAAUAGAUACUAUAAGAUUAUGAGUCGAAAAUAUCCUUAUCUUACUAUAGUAACACGUGGUGCGUUGACCGCUAACAUAAGCAAUCAACUUGUUCUUCUCAAUAAGGAAUGCACAGUUUCGCUGCUUUUUUCGAGACAGAAUAAGACUGAUCAGAAUAAAGACCAACAACGGGAUAUUAAUCAUUUCUUUUGCAUGUUCGAUCCUCUCAACGAAUCGAACGAGACUUUGCUGGUCACUGCUGAAGCUUUCAUCGAUGAACAACAACACUGGCCAGAUCCACGAUUGCCCCUAUAUUUUUCAAAUAACGUAAGCACGAAACCCAAUAAUUUAUCAUUUACAGAGAUCAAUACAAUGAAACCAGCUGAGCAAGUUACUAUCGUUCUACUCGAUCUCAGUCGAUCCAUGUUCGAUCACUAUGUUGGCAACGAUUGUAGCACAGAAAAAUGUACCCAUAUUAAUAUGUGCAAAAUGAUGUUAGGUACAUUGAGUGAUAAUAUGUUGCCAAAGGAUCAAGUUCAUGCAUUUGGGCUCAUUGAAUUCGGUCAAAGCGUCAAAGUAACCUGCCCAAUUACGCGAAAUCGGAACAAAUUUGAAAAAGCACUCAAGUCUCAUACUCUUAUGGGUGAAUGGACUCAUAUGUAUGAUGCUGUCAAUGAAGCAAUACGCCGUAUUAAAGUAUAUAUAAAUAGUCCACUGAGGGCAAAGAAAAAUUGCAGAAAACUGAUUAUUUGUUUGUCUGAUGGUAUCAACAAUGCUGGUUCGACAACAAUCGAAACUUUACACAGACAACUUAUCGAUAAUAAAAUUGUAAUUGAUUUUGUAUCAUUUCUACAUGACAACCAACUGAACGACAAAGAUAAUAAUACAAUUCGAGAAUUUCGUCAAUUAUGCAUAAACUCGGGAGGCUACGUUUAUUCAAAGCUUCAUUAUCGAUCAAAAAUUGAAGUUGCAACAAUGUUCGAACAAGAAGCUGCUGUUUGGCUUUCGAAACGAGCUAGCGAAUCUCAUGGCAUCGUUGAAAAACCAGAGCGUCACGUUAAUCCAAACUUUCAGCAGUCAGCAGUUUGUCAAGUGUGUUAUAAUGGAAAUAUCCAAAAUUCAUCUCAUUUUGUUCGUAUUUACAAAGAGUUUAUUGCAAUACAUGAUCAUCAGUCUGAUGAAUUCUUUGUUUUCGUCGUCUUUAACAAUAUCUCAUGUUGGAAAGUCAUUUUGAAAGGACCUGAAAGAACGCCUUAUGAAAAUAAGUAUUGGAUGCUGUACGUAGAAUUCGGUGAAUCCUAUCCGAGUUAUCCACCGAAUGCCCGUUUUGUGACUCCAAUUUACCAUGUCAAUAUCAGUGGUGAUGGAAAGAUUUGUCAUCAAAUUUUUGAUCAAAGUUGGGCUGAACUGACCAAAAUGACGACGGUGUUCAAUAGUAUUAUCGACCUUCUCAAAAAGCCUAAUUUUAGCGAUGCAGUUUCAAUAGAGAAGGCACAUUUAUAUCGAGACGAUCCAUGUGAAUAUGAGAAGCAGGCAAAAGAUUAUGCAAAUAUGUAUGCAAAUAGUGACAUUGGAAGUCUGAAACGUGAAUAUCAACUUAAAGACGAUGAAGAACAGAUGGUAGAUGAGUAUUGA